GAAGCUUUACUUUUGUUUUGAAAAACGAAAUCAGAAAGAUGUCUGGACGCGGAAAGACCGGAGGCAAAGCCAGAGCCAAGGCCAAGACUCGCUCAUCCCGUGCUGGUCUCCAGUUCCCAGUUGGCCGUGUUCACAGGCUGCUGAGGAAAGGAAACUACGCGGAGCGCGUCGGUGCCGGAGCUCCAGUGUACCUGGCCGCGGUGCUGGAGUACCUGACUGCUGAGAUCCUGGAGCUGGCCGGAAACGCGGCCCGCGACAACAAGAAGACCAGGAUCAUCCCCCGCCACCUGCAGCUGGCCGUCCGCAACGACGAGGAGCUGAACAAGCUGCUGGGCGGAGUCACCAUCGCUCAGGGUGGCGUCCUCCCCAACAUCCAGGCUGUGCUGCUGCCCAAGAAGACCGAGAAGCCCGCCAAGGCCAAGUAGAUGUUCUCGGCUACAACAACCCAACGGUUCUUUUAAGAGCCACCCACAUCUGUCCAAAGAGUCAAGUUUCACCUCAUAUUUGCUUAAAUAUGACUCAGAUUAUUCAUCUGACUGCUGCAAACAUGAAUAAUAUGGAUACAAACAACUCACUGUGUUUAUAUUUAUAUUUAGAGUAUUGAAGAUAAUUAUAAUUGUGAGUAAAAGGUCAUUGGUGGAAGUCCAGGAGUAAAGCUGAGCUGAAGAUCUUGCUUUGGGUAAUGAGGCAGCAGCAAACUGCUCAUGUGACAAAUAACCAGGUAAACAAGCCUUCUGAUUGCAUUCAGUAAUCUACAAUUAAACUAAUAUCACUAUACUUUAGAAAGUCUCUUUUUUUAUAUAUAUAUUAAGUGAAAAGGAAGUUAGUUUCCUGGAGUUAUGUCCCAACCAAACAAUGUUCAGUGAUGGAGGAUGAAACCUCUUUGGCUGUUAGUCUCAAAAAUACAUUUCAUUUCAACUAGAACUGUUAUUCACUGCCUGAAUGAAGAGGAUAUGUCAAUAAAAAAACUUUUAACCUGC